CUGGCUAUUAUUGCACACGUCGAUCAUGGAAAAACUUCAUUGGUCGAUCAACUUCUUCGACAGUCUGGCGCAGCAGAGGUGGCUGAUCAAGGCCGUGUCAUGGACUCGAAUGAUCUUGAAAAAGAGCGAGGUAUCACCAUUCUUAGCAAAAGUACCGCUGUCACUUAUAAAGGUCAUCGUAUCAACAUUGUUGAUACACCUGGUCACUCUGAUUUUGGUGGUGAAGUCGAGCGUGUACUGUCCAUGGUUGAUGGAGUGUGUCUGGUUGUUUGUGCUACAGAAGGGCCUAUGACUCAAACCAAGUUUGUUCUUUCAAAAGCCAUUGAAUGUGGACUUCAGCCAAUUGUUGUUUUAAACAAAGUUGAUCGUCCAACCUCUCGCGUAGCUGAAGUUGAGGAUGAAAUCCUUGAGUUGUUUUUGAGUCUGGAUGUGUCUGAAAGCCAGUUGGAGUACACGCUCCUAUAUGCAUCUGCUAGAGAAGGCUGGGCAAAGCGAACUAUGGAAGAAGCUCCCACAACAAUCCAUCCUCUGCUGGACACUAUUGUGGAUAUGCUCCCUCCUCCAAAUGUUGAUCGUUCCAAACCAUUUUCACUUCUUGUAACUCAAAUUGAAAACGAUGUAUAUGUUGGCAAAUGCUACCUUGGAAAAGUCCAAUCUGGCACUCUCCGCGUUGGCGAUGUCAUCAAAAGUCUUGACGUGGAUGGAAAAGUAGUUGCUGAAGGAAAGUGCACAAAAAUUAUUCAACGCAGUGGUCUCGAUCAAGUAUCUAUCCAAGAAGCAGGUGCUGGAGACAUUGUGUCUAUUGCAGGUCUUGCCAACGCUCGUGUAAACCAUACUAUUUGUGCAUUAGAAGUUACCACUCCUCUACCCUUUGUUCCAGUUGAUCCGCCAACCAUUUCCAUGUCGUUUUAUGUAAACGAUUCUCCGCUUGGAGGCAGAGAAGGUACUCAGCUUACAUCUCAGGUGAUCCGCGAACGUCUUUUAAAAGAAGUAGAGACCAAUGUUUCGCUUGAAAUCAUUGAAACCGAUGAUGCCUUUGAAGUCAAGGGCCGCGGUGAGCUUCAAAUAGGUGUUUUGAUUGAAACAAUGCGACGUGAAGGAUUUGAACUUUCUGUUUCUCCUCCACGAGUUAUCUACAAGGUGGAGGGAACUGGCAAGGAUCGAGUGAUUCUUGAGCCUAUCGAAGAAGUUACCAUUGACGUUGAUAACCAAUACACAGGCACUGUAAUCGAAAAGAUGAACUGCAACAAAGGCGAGAUGAAGACGUAUACUGAUUCUGGAGAUCGUACGCGCUUGGUGUUUGAUGUCCCUACUCGUGGUCUUCUUGGAUAUCCUGCAGAAUUUAAAAACGAUGCAAGAACUUUAAACAGUAUGUUUAUUGGGUACCAACCAUACAAGGGUCCGCUUGACAGGUCACGCAAGGGAUCUAUAGUGUCCACAGCCAGUGGAGAAGCUACUACAUAUGCUCUUCUUGCAAUUGAACCACGCGGAAAGCUGUUUAUUGAGCCUGGUGCCAAGGUGUAUCCUGGAAUGAUUGUUGGUGAGCAUAGUCGCGAGCAUGAUUUGGAAGUCAAUCCCGCCAAAGCAAAGCAUUUGAACAAUGUACGAACAGCUAUCAAAGACGAGACAGUCAAGCUUAUUACCACUGAAAAAAUGUCUCUUGAACGCAUGAUUUCGUAUAUCCAAGAUGAUGAGGUGAUCGAGGUGACUCCAGCAAGUAUUCGUACUCGUAAGAAGGAGUUGGAUGCUGAUAAGCGUAGAACUCAAAAACGCCGUGGAUCCGAAUAUGGUCUUCCUGUUUUUAAUAAAAAUGAAUAA